AUGAAGAAAUCAAGUGCUGGAAGUUCGGGCAGGGGCACCACUUCUCACGAUCCGAGGAAGACAACAAGUGGCGAACAGAAGACCGUCCCCAGUAAACGGAAACAUAGGCGAAGUGGCAAGGAUACCAUGGAGACCCAGGAAUACCAAUCUGAAGCCGGUCCAAAUGGAGCUGGAGAAGAAAAGAAGAUCAGAGAAAGGCUUAUGGAAUUUGCUGAACGGAUUAAGACUAUCAAGGUGCCAGAAAGUCACCAAAUAAGUUUAAACUUUAGAUCCAAUCUGCUGGUCAAUUGGAGGAGACGAACAUAACCAUCCAAGAAAUCCAUGAGCUAUGUCUUCGUGGAAGAGAACGAUUUAUGUCGGAGCCGCCAUUGAUCAAGACCCCUGCCGGAAUCUGCGUUUUUGGCGAUAUACAUGGUCACUUUGCGGACUUGUCUGUAAAUAAUCAUUUUUUACCGUCUCUAAGACAUUCAACUUGCCUGUUUUCAGAAGAUAUUGGACAAGACUGGGGUUCCUCCAAAACAACGGCUUUUGUUUCUGGGAGAUUACGUCGACAGAGGAAGCUAUGGGACCGAGACAAUCACCCUCCUCGUUGCCUACAAGAUCCUUUAUCCGAAACACAUCUAUCUGCUCAGAGGAAAUCAUGAGACUCGGGCUGUGAAUCGAAUGUACGGGUUCCUCGAGGAAUGCAGAACACGUUUUGGUGAAGUAGAAGGUAAGAUGACUACUUGUAGAUGUAGGCAGUCCCAGGGAAUCGUAUGUACACCCUCUUCUCUCACGUGUUCAAUUCGAUGCCAUUGGCCGCUGUCAUUGCCAAAAAAAUCUUCUGCUGUCACGGUGGCAUUUCGGAGCACAUGUAUGACAUUUCUCAAUUCAAUUAUAUCAUCAGACCUUAUGACAUCACAGACAUUGGCCUUUUAUGUGACACUAUUUGGGCUGAUCCUAUGACCAUCAAUAAACGUUUUGACGGAUCUCCUAGGGGAGUAUCAAAGGUAACAAUGAAUAAUUGACCAAAGAGCCAUUCAGGUUUUCGGACAAGAUGCCAUCAAUGACUUUUGUGAUAUGACCAAUAUUGAUCUAGUCAUCAGAGCCCACCAAUGUGUUUCUGAUGGGGUUGAAGCCACCCAUGAUGACAGAUGUCUGACCGUAUUCAGUGCUCCCUAUUAUUGUCAAGAAUCUCAUAAUCUCGCGGGAGUUGCCUAUGUGGAUACUAAGCUCCAGGUUCAAUGCUACCAGCACAAGUCAGUUAAGACUUAUACUGUAAAAUCAAAUAAUUUAGGUCAUCAUACGACCCGAUCAAGCAAACGAUCUCGGAAUCUUGA